UUCAGUAGCUUAAAUUUAUUAGAAAAGUCAUAAAUGGAAUCAUCUAUCCCAAUCUAGCAGCACAAAGAUAUCCUCACUGAAGCUGGAAUCGACUUCAAUAAUAUUGAGAAGACCAGAAAGCACCUUCACAAGCAUGCAGAAGGAGGAUUCAAAGAGUUCAAAACCAAAGAGACUAUUCUCAAGUAUUUUACAGAGAUCUCCAAGGAAGAUAUCAGAGAAUAUGCUACCACUGGUUUUACCAUCGACAUCAAAGGCACUGCUCCUCCCACUGACAACGGCGAAUGCAAUGUCAUUGCUCUCAGAGCUGACAUGGACGGCCUGCCCAUGAAGGAAGAAACUGGAGUUGAGUAAGCUUCAAUAACAGAGUAUGCCCACCUAUGUGGCUAUGAUGGCCAUAUAGCCAUAUAGCAAUGCUAAUAGCUACAGGGAUAUACCUGAAGAAGAAUAAAGACAAGAUUCCUUCUAACAAGACAGUGAGGCUGUCGUUCCAGCCAGCUGAAGAAAGACUUGGAGGAGCUGAUAUUAUGGUAAAAGAAGGGUGCCUUGAAGGAGGUGAUGAAAUCUAUGGAUAUCAUCAAGUUCCCCAUGGCCAAGAAGGAGGUCAUGGAUCUGAACCCGCUAAUGCUAUUGAUCCUAUCACUGCAGCUUGUCACCUCCACAGUGCCUUCCACACGAUCAAGUCUUGGAACACCUUCAAUACGGAUGUGGUUGCAUUCACGAUUUGUGAACUUAAUUCAGGAACAACUUUUAAUGUUAUCCCAAGAACAGCAGAGAUGAAAGGACCUAUUAGAUAUUAUGACGAAGAUGUCAGAAAGAAAGUUGUAGAAAGAAUCAGAACACUCUCCCAAGAAAUCUGUGAAGGCUUCAACUGCAAGUCUGAAGUGACCAUUGGUCCUAGCUACCCAGCUGUUAUCAAUAGUGAGAAACAGACUAAUAUUGUAAUCGAGGUUGCUGGAAAGGAACUAGGAGAAUCUUCUAUAAAUACUAAAGAUCAUUUGCCUAUGUUUGCAAGUGAAGAUUUCUCAUUCUAUCUUCAGAAGAUUCCUGGUGAGUUCAUUUUCCUAAAUAAUAUAAAGCCAGGAGAAAAGCCAGUGUCUUUACACUCAUCUUAUGUAGAUUUCAACGAUAACAUAACUGCAGCAGGCAUCUACAUGAAUUUGAAAAUCUUGGAGCACAGACUUGGCAUAUCCUUAUUGUAGGUAUUCGAAUAAACUAAGCCAUUAUCCAAGUUUGUAUCACUAAUUCCUCUCCAAUAUUUCUA